AUGCUUGAACAAAGACAGUCUAGAGAAGCACCGUGGGAGGGUGGUGAGCGGCGAAGCGUUGCUCAGGAGCGGGUGUGGUUGCAGGGCCGAGGCAGGCCGCGCAAGGACGGCGGCGUCUCUGUGCCGGCCGUGCCGCGCAAGGAAGGCACGGCCACGCCGAGGGGGCGCGGGCGCGGGGAGGGCAGGCGCGGGCGGGGGAGGGGGCGGGGCCAGCAGCCCACGGGCCCGGCCCACCACCACCUCCCCCAGCCCCGCCCCCUGCUGCUGGGGAACCACCUGCGGCCCAGCCUGGUGCCGCUCCUCACCCCGCUCGUGAUCGCGGCCGACGAGAGCGAGCUGCGUCGCAACAUGACCUACCGACAGGCCAUAAUCCCUGUGACCGACGGCAAGGCUCGCCUCAUGGCGCUGGUCCCCAAGUCCGACGAGCCCCGCUCCGAAGAAGGGAAGACGGCCGAGGCAAAGACGGCCGAAGCUCAGCCGGUCAAACCCCAGCAUUUCAUCCCCGUGUCACCGGAACCGGUGUUCAAUUCGACCAAUCAGCUUACAGAAAAUGCUGACGAAGAACUGGGUGUCCUGGACAUAGUGAGUGCUGCCGAGCCGGUGGAGUCGCCCGACCGGAGCGCGGGGCUCGUCAGCCCGGAGGUGAAGUCCCCGUCGGAGGCCCCCGAGAGCGGCGACGCGGCCCUCGCUCCCGAGGAGGCGGGGGUGGCGCCCGCGGUGGCCGGGGACAGCUUCACCCACGUGAUGCAGAGCGUGAUGAGGCGGCGGCGGGGUGGCGGGGGGCGGGGCUCCGGGCCCCUGAAGCUGCGGGACUACGACUCGGAGCUGGAGGACGCCCUGGCGUUCGUGACGGCGGACCUGGACCGCCCGUUCCCGCUGCAGUUGGAGCCGCCGUCCCCGCCGGAGCCCCGGGAGGCGGCGCCGGAGAAAAUGGACGUGCGGCGCACCUACAAGAAGAGGAGCGUGCCGGGCAGGCUGCCGUCCCCGGAGGCUCAGCCCGCGAGGGAGGCGAAGCAGCAGGUCAACAACAAGGCCCCCGCGCCGCCACCGCUGUCGCCGAGGCCGCCCGCCGCCCCCGCCGCGGCGACGGCCCCCGGCAAGCCGGCCCAGGGCCACGAGGGCGGUCCCAAGCGCUACCCCAAGCGGGAAAACCGCAAGGCACCCGCAUACCUGGAGAAGGAGUUUGACUCUGUGCUGUUCUCCACCCCGGACAUCAUCCGAAGCGUGCACUCGGAGAACACGAGGGAGCAGGCGCUCACGCCGGAAGACAGGCCCGGGGAGCCGGGCCCGGCCGCCGCAGGUCAGGAGACGAUUCCGACUGACGUCCCGGCGGACGCCUCCGUCGAGCCCCCUGCGACGAUCGAGUCUGGCCCGGGCGCCGCGGGGGGAGGGGAGGAGUUGCAGCCACCCCCUCCCUCGCCCCUCCUGGCCUCGCCCACAAGCAACCCCCGCCCGGACCCGGCCAAUCCCGGCCGGUCCCGGCCCGACGUCCCGGAGCCUCAGCCGGCACUGGAGCCGACGCGAGGCGGCAAGCGAGGGGCCAAGUCUGCCUCUCCCUCCGGCGUCGCCGGCAAGAAGCGCAAGAAGUCAGAGGACAAGAAGAAGCAGGGCAAGUCCAGAAACAGGCGGCAGGUGCAGGAGCCGAGCGACGACGAGGAGGGGGUCAAUGAGCACGAGGGCGGGGACGGCAGCGAGUCGGAGGACGACCCCGACCGGCUGUGGUGCCUGUGCCGCAAGCCGCACAACAACCGCUUCAUGAUCCGCUGCGACGGCUGCGAGGACUGGUUCCACGGCACCUGCGUCGGAGUCACCGAGGCCGAGGGUCACCGGAUGGAGAACAGAGGCAUUUACUGGUCAUGUCCUAAGUGCUCGGUGAUGGGAAGUCAGGCUUCUGAUCCGGUGGUUCCUGCGCUGGCCAAGGCUGCCUCAGCACCUGUGGCGGCAAAGGCAGCUGUCGCACAAGCGAAAGUCGCCCAGGCUCCUGCCCAGGCGAAAGGGGCCGCCCAGGCCCAGAUACCCGGGAAGGCAGCGCAAGCAUCUGUACUGGCGAAGGCCUCCUUGUCUCCUGCCGGGGCAAAGGUUUCCCAAACCCCUACACUGGUGAAGGUAGUGCAGGCUCCUGCCUCGGUGAAGACGACUCAAGCCCCGGCCCUAGCAAAGGCAGACCAAGCUCCUGCACUGGAAAAGGCUGCCCAUGUCCCUGUGCCAGCCAAGAUACCCCAAGCCGCUGCUCUGGCUAAGACCUCCCAGACGCCCGUUCAUGCUAAGGCUGCUCAAGCUCCCAUUCAAGCUAAGGCUGCUCAAGCUUCAGUUCAAGCUAAGAAUGCCCAAGCUCCCAUCCAAGCUAAGACCACUCAAGCUCCCGUUCAAGCCAAGGCCGCAAAAGCUCUCGUUCAAGCAAAGUCUGCUCAAGCUCCUGUUCAAGCCAAGGCCGCCCAGGCUCCUGUUCAAGCUAAGGCCGCUCAAGCUCCUGUUCAAGCCAAGGCUGCCCAGGCUCCCGUUCAAGCUAAGGCCACUCAAGCUCCCGUUCUAGCUAAGGCAGCUCAAGCUCCUGCCGUAGCUAAGGCCGCUCAAGCUCCCGUUCAAGCCAAGGCCGCCCAGGCUCCCGUUCAAGCUAAGGCCACUCAAGCUCCUGUUCAAGCCAAGGCCGCCCAGGCACCUGUUCAAGCCAAGGCCGCUCAAGCUCCCGUUCUAGCUAAGGCAGCUCAAGCUCCUGCCGUAGCUAAGGCUGCCCAGACACCUGCGUCGGCAAAGCCUGCCGCAGGUUCUGUGCCGACAGGGAUCAUGGUCAGCAAGCGGGAACAGAUGAUGGCUCGACGACAGGAGGCCAUGCUUGCACAGAAAUCCCAAGCCAAGAGCGCCAAACCUCUCAAGGUAACUCCUGCGAAGGAGAAGACAGAGAGUCACGAUGAUGCACAGCCUAAGAAGUCGCCUGCGGUGUCACCCACCGCUAAUUUGUUCAGCGUGGCGGACCCAGGGGCGUCCACGGCUCCGGCGACGGGCAAGGGGGCCGCGGCGCCUCGCAGGGAGCUCAUAUUCAAGGUCGCCUCAUCCAGCGAGGUGUCCGUACGCGUGUACGACAAGGUCACGGGCAAGGUGCUGACAGGGGCGAAUGCUCCGAAGCUGUCGGAGCUGAAGAACUGGCUGGAGGAACACCCGACCUAUGAAGUAGCGCAGCGCAGCCUGAAGCCGCCGCCCGCCAAGAAGGAGCAGCAGGAAGUCCCGACGUCGCCCCGGGAGAAGACCCCCUCUGCGCACAGGCUCAUCCUGCCCAAGCCGCCCCGGGAAGGGGACGAGCCCCCGGCGAAGCAGCGGCGGGAGUCCGCGCAGGAGAAGCAGCAGGCCAAGCCGGUGGCGAAGCGUCAGAGGAGGUCGAGCUCCGUGCAGAACAACAAGAAGCACGCGUCGGAAGCGGAGAAGGAAGGCGGGGCGAAGCCGGCCCCGGGGUCUGGGAAGAAGGACCAGCCUCAGACGGGGCCCGCGCCCAAGUCGGGCACCCCCAAGAAGGUGGACUCGAAGAGGAGCACGUCCUCGGAGCAGGACAAGGACGAUGAGAAGGACAAGGGGAAGGGUGUGCCGAGCGGCCCGGAGCCCAUACGGCAGAACGUGUGCCGCUCCCUGCAGGAGCUCCUGCUGACCCGGGCCAAGGAGUGCUCCGACCUGGACGCGAAGGAGGACGACAUCCAGAAGAUCGCCUCCAGCAUCGAAGAGGAGAUGUACACCUUGUUCCGCGACACGGGCCUCAAGUACAAGGCCAAGUACAGGAGUCUGGUGUUCAACAUCAAGGAUCCCAAGAACGUCACGCUGUAUCGAAAGAUUGUGGAGAGUUUGGUGACGCCGUACCAGCUGGUACGUUUGACGCCCGAGGAACUGGCAUCGCAGGAGUUGGCGCAGUGGCGGGAAAGAGAAGUCAAACACCAGUUGGACAUGAUCAAGAAAACAGAGUUGGAUUUGUUGAAUAACCCGAAAACAUACGUUGUGAAGACUCACAAAGGGGAACAGGAAAUUGAAAAGGAGCCUACCGAGUUUGCAGCUCCUGUCGCCAUUGCAGAGGCCCCGGUGUCCGUGGAUGUCGUCUCGUCGGAGGGUGGACUGGGCUUCAUGGAGGAGGAGGUGGUCAGUGUGAAGGAAGAGGUGAAGCAUGAGAAAAAAGAUAAACACAAGCACAAAGACAAGAAGAAACACAAGAAGGAGUCAAAGCAUAGGGACAGAGAACACAAGGAGAAGGGGGAGCAGCACAGGCACAGGGAUGAACAGCACAGACACAGAGAUGGUGAAUAUGAGAGGAAGAAGUCUAGAGAUGAAGAUGACAGACACAGGUCCAAGGAUAAGGUAGACAAUGAGAAGAAGAAGUCAAAAGACAAAGAUGAGCAUAGGCAUAAAGAGAGUGAUCAUGAGAAGAAAAGAUCAAAAGACAAAGACGAAAAGCAGAAGCACGGUGAAAUAGAACAUGAAAAGAAGAAGAUAAAAAGUGAAGAAGAACAGAUCAGUAACAGAGAAUCAGACAAGGAAACUUUUGAUGAACAUGUGGAUGUGAAGGAUAGUAUUCCAGACCAAGAAGUGGGCUCUAAUGGUUUCAUAAAAAUUUCUGGGGAAAAGGAAGUUAAAGAUUAUCAGUUUUUCAUGAAUGAAACCAAUGUUGAUGAGUCAUUGGAAAACUUUGAACUUAAACUGGAGGAGUCGAUACGAGCAGAAAUGAAGUUUGAGAAUGAGAACUCUUCGGACAUCCUUGAAAACAUCCCUUCCUCCAGUGACGUUCAGAGGAGCUUCUUGUCCGUGGCCUCGCAGCCCUCCGCACCGUCGGAGGUGGAGAUGAACGAAGAAUCCGGGCUGUUCGACAGAGACUCCAACUCCAGUCUUUCGACCGGCAAGACCAAGCCGGACGCGCAAUCGUCCACGCGUAUCGUGUGGAGCGGUUACAUCAGCAUGGCCGGCGUGUCGAACGUCAGCACCGCAGCGAAACUCGUGUACGGCAACGGCAAGGACCUUUCGGACGUGCUCCCGACACAGCUGGAAGUGGUCGGCAGGAUAGACCCGGACACGGUGUGGGAUUACAUUUCCAAAAUAAAGCGGUCCGGCACUAAGGAGAUCUUGGUGCUUCGUUUGACCAGCUCCGGGGGGGACGCCAAGGUGUCCUACUGCACCCUGUACAAGCACUUGCAUUCGAAGAACAGGUUCGGCGUCAUCGGGAACCUCCCGGAGUCCACGAGGAUAAAGGACUUCUACGUGAUGCCCCUGGCGAGCCACAGCCCGGUGCCCGAGCAGCUGACCCUGUUGGACGGGCAGAUCCUCGACGGCCCCAGACCCCACGUACUGGUUUGCUUGAUCAUCCGGACGAUCGCGCGGCAGCCCCUGGUCUUCCCGGAGACCUCGCAGCAGGCCAAGAGUCGCGUGACGCCGUCCCCUGACCCGUCCACGCCGCCGUACCCGUCGCUGCAGGAGGCGCAGGCGCAGUUCAGCGACGACAGCGAGGGCGCGAACAGCGACGCCUCCUCCAAGCGGACGUCCAAGGUGGAGGCCUACGUCCCCAAGCCGGUGGACGGCUCCAAGCGCACCUGGAAGCAGAUCUACCCCAGCGCGUCGAGCAACGACAGCUUCGCGGAGCUGUCCGAGGGUGACCCGGGGGUGGACGGGGAGGACGCGCCGUACAGCCCCGGCGAGGACAUCGACCAGACUGUGGAGCUGACCUCGGAGACCAAGACCGCGAAGGACCUGCAGCACACGGUGGACGAGCUGGACAAGAUCAUCGACAAGCGGAGGGAGGAGAUCAAGAACAUCAGCACGGCCAUUGGUCUGACCGGCGCCGCCAGUGUUCCGGAACUGCAGUUGAUGUCAAGCGCAGCAGACACAACGACCGUGGCGGAUGAAGACGAGGCUUACAGUCCCUCGUAUUCUCCACCGCCCAGGGAACCGGUCGCGUCCAACAGUUCCCUGCCACCGACCAUUUUGAACAUUCUCAGAAACAUUCCCAAGCAGGGUUCGUCCCCUUCACCACAGAAGAAGCCCAAGCUGGCCGAUGACUCCAUCGUUCAGAGUUACGGGGACAAGAGCAACGACUCGGGCGAAGAGACGCCUCCGCACAGGCCAGGCGACGACCGCUACUCGCCGUCGGAGGAGCACUACUCACCGUCGGACGAGGCUUUCUCCCCGGCAGACCACCGGUACUCACCCUCGGACCACUGCUACUCCCCCCCCAAUGCUGCGAGCCUGACUUUCCUCAACGACGACCCCGAGGCUCUGUCGCUGAAAGAGGCGUACAGGCGAGGGGACCUGAGCGUGUCGGAGCAGCCUUUGCCCCCGGGGAGCGACUCCCCCCCGCGCGAGGCCCUGGGGAAGAACCCCAUCCCGGCAGCGGCCAUGGAACAGCCGCUCCCUCCGGGCGUGGAGUCCCAGGAGUUCCCGGGCUACGGCCCGACCUUCGCCCCGGCUCCGCCGGUGAUGGUCCCGACGGGGUACCCAGAGGCCAGGCCGCCUGCGUUCAUGUACCACACCGUGACGCCGGCCGCCACGCUGUCCCCUGGCCCGCCCAUGCAGUUCGUGGUGCCGCCCCCGAGCUAUCCCGCCCCCUCCAUGUACCCGCCCCUCGCUGCGUACCCGGACACGGGCGCCGAAGAGCGCGGCUACCCUCAGGGCCGCAGGCGGAACCACCGGCAACAGCGGAAGGGUCCGUGGCGCGUGAAGGAGAGAAGAAAACGCUUCUCUCGUCGCUGACGGCACCGGAUCUUCCUGCGAACGCGGGCCCUUGACCGGUGGCGGGCCUACCUCAGGUCGCGCCAACCUCCGCGGGAGUCCCGCGACGGAGGUGCGGGGCCCAGCGCGGGGCAUGCCACGUGAACACCAGACAGCAGCGAUCUCGAUCCCCCAGCAUUCCCGGCGAGGUGCGUCACUUCUCCCUCGUCCAGAGGACCCUCGCAACCACUUCGUGUUGUGGCUGGUUAGGGGUUAUUUUUUGAUCGCAUGUAACGAGCACUUGCUGGUACCGUAUGUACAGUUAAAUCACUUGUAGGAUUGCUAGAAUGUGAAGGAGAAUUUGAGUUAGCUUUAAUACAUAAAAGACAUUACAAACAUGGCUGGUAACUUUUUUUGAAACAGCAUCAGCAAUUUUUUUUAUAAUGAUUAACAAUGUUAGUGUUAAAACAUUUUGCAUUAACGUCCCAGAAAAUAAAUUUUUAUGAAUCUCAAGUUUCCGGGCAGACACAUGUAAGAAAGAGCUUCUGUCAGACGAUUAUAAAAUCACAGGUUUUUUUUCCCCACUGGUCUCAGUUUCACGUCUUUUGUUUUUAUCAGCAUUGAUUCUUCAUUCAACAGUUAUGAAUAUGAACGUGGUUUACUCUAAGAACAGAGGUUCUCAUAUUGGCAUGGAAAUAGUCAGUUCUAUAAAUUUCCGGGGGGAAAUAAUAAUUCUAGUUUUGAACAUGCUGUGUGCUGAGCAUAUUGCAUUUUCUAUCUGGAUUCUCAUGUUCCUUCUCAAACACUUAAAAACCGCUGUUUAUUGUAAUUGCUGGUCAUUCACAUGAGGCAAGAGUCUUGAUCAUGACUGCUACGGACAUUGAUACGCGUGACCGCGGGUUGCUUGUAGCAGGACGGAUUCACAGGCUCCGAGGAACAUGCCAUCUUACUGAGCAGUUUCGACAAAGUGGUUUGCGAGCUAUCAUUGGUUCUGGCUCGCCCUGGGUACUUACCGGACCCUCCGCCGCGCCGCGAGAUGUGUCGCCGUGCUGACGUCCUGUGUUCUGGAGCUUGCGCAGCCCUUGGAAGUGUAAAUAGAAGUGCGCAGAGGGAGUGCAGUGAGCGUGCCUCAGUUCUGACGUGCCGCUCGAACUUGGGCAAUCCAAGAUGUGCGCGGAACUUUGCGUGCGACUGUGCUAGAGAGUAGCUUAGAGUUGAAGUGUUCUAGAUAUCAUUGUAUUAGGUCAGUAAUGUACUAAUAUUAUAUUAGGUAUUCUGUCUCCUGUACAAAGUGUAAUUGUAUUGUUUUACAAAAAUACGUGUUUUUUCGUACAAAUUUGUGACUGUGUGAAAUAGAUUAAAAUGGUUGUGUAGUUAUAUAUAUAUAUCUACGAUUGUGUAGUCAACUUCUUAUCUUGUUGAUAUUUAUAAAGUUUUUGUACCAAGUGUGGAAAAUUAUAAGCUUGAUUUUUGAGUAAUGAGCCAAUUAUUGUCAUAGUGAAUUUAAAAAGGUGUUGGCAACUCAACUUCAAAAUUAUGGUGUAUUUGGUCUACUACAAAAUUUACUAGCCAUAAAAUACGUAAGGCCAGCUUUAAUGUGUGAUAUGUUCAGCAAAAUUCAAUUUACGUGACAACAAAAACCUAAUUAUUAAAGCUUAUGAUUUUCCUUGCUUAAAUUACACAAUUAAAAUCCUGUAAUUCUUUAUGAUACAAAUAUAAAUAUAUAUAUUUAUAUUUAUGAUGUUCUUAUCUUUGACUACAGUGAUGUUUUAUGUGCAAGUUAUUUUUCUUCGUUGAGAAAAGUUUAAAGCUAAAAUUCAUUUCUGAAUGAUCUAGUCACAAAAAGCAUUUUUCUCAGUGCUAGCUUUAUUGAAAUUUAAUGUUAUACAUAACAAAAUAGUAUUUGGUUAUCUUCGCGUUGAGAGCACGGAUCCCCUUCCGCCAUAUGUUGUGGGCCAAUCAUUGAACUGUGUGGCACCAUGGAGAAUGAAAGAUGUGUAUCAACUGUUGGAACUACGGUCCAACUUGGUUACACCCUUUUGGCUCCAAGAUACAGUGUUACGAACAGUGUAUUUAAUGUGCAGUAGAAAUAUUUUUUUUUA